AUGGAAAAGUUGUAUUUGCUAAUUUGUUGCUGUAUCCCGGAUAUAAUUUGGGGAGCAGAGUUACCGAAAGAUGUUGAGAAGUGCCAUUUCGGAGACUCUGUAUGUUUGAUAAGAUCCAUCAAUGCUGUGAUUAAGAGAUAUCCCAAGGGUAUUCCGGAGAUAGGACUUCCUCCUCUGGAUGCCUGCCCCUUUCCGAACAUCACCUUUAUAGAAUCGCAGCAUCGGGGACCCAUUUGGAUGAACUUCCGCAUGUGGGACAAUGUAAACAAAGGCCUGAAUAACGCCACAAUCACCCACGUGGAGGGAUUUCUUAAUGAGCCCAACCAGAAACAGAUAGUCUUGACUGCUCAACUGCCGCGACUUCUCCACGAGGCAUCCUAUCAUAUGGAGGGCAAGUUCAUGCUCUUUCAAUAUAAUACCACGGGCAGGCUGCAAUCCGACUUCCAAAACUUUCGAAUCACCCUGACCAUCAAGACGUUGGUGGAGUACAAAAAUGACAAGCGAUAUCUUAAGAUUUAUAGUCUGGUGCCCAAAGUAGAUUUGGAUCGCUGGAUAACUUGGUUAGAUGGUCUGUAUAAAGAAAACACAGACGUGACCACUUUCAUGAACCAACUUCUCAACGAAAACUGGGUGGUGUUUUGGAAUGAGCUGCUGCCCGGUUUUAUUGAAGGCUUCACAAAGGCUUUUACUGUUCUGCUUAACAAAGUGUUUGAAAAUGUUGCCUACGACGACAUGUUUCUUCCUUAUCUAGACAUACGAAGGGGAUUUUUACACGAUUAACGAUUAAAUUAGGCGAUUAUAUUCGAACUGAAACUUAAUCAAACAGAAGAAGAUGCCUUAUAGUCGUUUUGAUCUAUUUAAAGCAUUUUUACUGGCAGAUUCUUCAAGCAUGUAUUCCAAAAGUCAUAAUUGUUUGGUUUAUCCACAAACUUUUAAUACUUUUGUUUGCAGUCCAUACAUAAAUAUCUUGAAUAAUAGUUAAAUACAAACUUGGUUCACAAUGCACA